AUGUCUCACUCAGGGAAAGGCUUUCCAGUCGCUAUAGUCAGUGAUUCGACAGGCAAUCUAUUGGUUGGUAUCUCCGCCGAACUCCCAAGCGGCGGUUGUAGCGACUCAAACCUUGACUACAAGUCAUUCUAUGAUUUCCUCAUACAAGGCGGAGAGGCGUACGAGAAAAUACCGACAAAGCGCUUCAAUGUGCACACGCUCAAAGGGACAGCUCCCGGUCAAGUGGUGACGGAUACAGGCGCAUUCCUCAAGAAUAUCGACCUUUUCGAUCCGACUGAAUUUGGUAUCGCCGGCAAGGAUGCCAGACUAAUGACAUUGGGAACGCGCAAAUUGUUGGAGACUACGUUUCUGGCAUUGGUUGACUCAGGGAUUGACUACAGAGGGCAGAAUGUGGGUUGCUAUAUGUCAGCGGUGUCUCACGAUAUAUUCUCUGUAUCUGGGCACGAUGACAUGGAAGUUCGCGGAGCACCUUCCUGGGCGCCAUCUAUGGUAGCAAAUCGUGUCUCCUACCAUCUCGAUCUCCGUGGACCGACCAUACCGCUCGAUACAGCAUGCAGCUCGACGCUGUAUGCUACACACCUAGCUGUUCAAGCGUUACGGAACGGCGACUGCGAAGCAGCCGUUGUUGGCGGCUGCCAGCUGAACCACAGAAUGGCUUCUGUACACCAGGCAGGUAUCCUGUCUCCCGACGGGAAAAGCCAGCCUUUCGAUGCUUCUGCUAAUGGAUUCGGCCGCGGCGAGGCGGUCGUCUCGAUUGUGCUGAAGCCUCUCCAUGCGGCGCUCCGCGACUGUGAUAGAAUCUAUGCUGCUAUUCUUGGGACUGGUGUAAAUUCUUCUGGUUCGCUAGCACCAAUUAGUGCGCCAGUUGCUUCCGCACAGCAGGAUGCUAUGCUCCGUGCGUUCGCGCAGGCCGGACGGUCUCCAAGAGAGGUAGACUUUAUUGAGCUGCAUGCGACCGGCACGGCAUCUGGCGAUCCAACCGAAGCAAACUGGGUAGGCGCCCAGUUCAGGAGAGAUGCUGAGCUUCUGGUCGGGAGCGUGAAGGGAAACAUUGGCCACACUGAAAUCGCGGCGUUUCUGUCGUCUCUCUGCAAAGUUUGCCAUAUCAUCGAGCACGGCGUCAUUCCGCCGACCGUCAAUUUCUCCGUCCCGAACCCGGCAAUUCGAUGGGCGGAAUACAACAUGCGCGUGCCUGUCACCUCAGAGAAGCUGGCCAUCUGCUCACCCUCCGGCCAUGCGCUUAUUGCGAUGUCGAGCUCAGGCAUUGGCGGUGCGAAUGGGCACUGCGUCAUAGAGUCCCAUACAUCCAAUACGGGUGACGUGCCGCGUAUAUGGUCGUGCGGGAGGUCGAUGAUGCCGUUGCUCCUGAUUGCAGGGGGUCUAUCACCGCGGUCUGCCUCGGCUGUCGGCGAAUCACUGAAGAGCGUCCUUGUCGAUUGCGAUCGCAUGCAAGUUGGACGUGUGCUCGGUCGACGGGCACGGUCGAUGCUGUGGAAAGCAUAUUCUGUGACCCCUGAGGGGCAGAUCCCCCGCUUCUCAGAGCCAGUGAUUACGCCAAAAAUCACACCGGAGGUCGUGUUUGUCUUCUCCGGACAGGGCCCGCAGCACUGGAACAUGGGCCGCGAGCUGUUCAAGACGUGUGUGCCGUUCCACGACACUGUUGUAGAGCUCGACCAUGUGUAUGCUGGAGUGACCGGCAAGUCCCUAAUCACCCAUAUCGGUCUCUUCGACGACUCCAACAUACCCGAUAACCUGGGAGAUGUCUGGCCGGCCUCCAUCACCCUUCCUGCGCUAACUAUCCUGCAAAUCGCACUUGUUGAGACCCUCGCUGCCAUCGGCGUGAAGCCGGAUGUAGUGGUUGGCCAUUCUGCAGGCGAGACAGCAGUCCUCUAUGCGUCGGGCGCGGCCUCAAAGGGGAUGGCGGUCGAGCUUGCGAUAGCAAGGGGCCAGGUGAUGGAAGCAUUGGAAGGACAUGGCGGCACUAUGGCAGCGUUGGCUUGCUCCUCCGAGCUGGCGAAAGAGAUCAUUGCUGAGGUCAUCGCAGAGCUCGGACCCGCUGUCUUGGAGAUCGGAUGUUUCAAUGCCCCAAACGCCGUCACGUUAUCUGGCUCUGCGCAACAUGUUUCGUCGGCCGUGCAGCGAGCGAAGGCAACCGGAAUCUUGGCAACUAGUCUGCGCACGCGCGUAGCUGUGCACUCCUCGAUGAUGACAUUCUGCCAAGCCGAGUACGAAGAGCUGGUCGGGAAGGUGUUCGAGACGCACAGCAUCGGAUCCACUAAGGUGGAAACGUUCUCUACCCUCUCUGGCGAUAUUCAGAGCGCGCCCUUCGACGCCCCCUACUUCUGGAAUAACACACUUGGGCCGGUUAUGUUCGAUCUCGCUGUGACGUCCAUUCAAGCUCGGCACCCACGGGCAAUCUUCGUUGAACUUGGUCCUCACCCUGGCGCGACGGUGCUGAGUCCGUUGAAGCGGUCCAAGUCCGUAGAGGUCGGUGAACUGACACCGAUUAUUGACUUUGUCGGGCAGUUGGCAUGUGCAGGCUACUCGGGCGUGGACAUGGAUGUUCUGUAUGGCACGGCGGAGAGUCAGGGAGCAGCUCUCCCGCAGUACCCGUUCAUGCGGAAGGAAGUUCCGUAUGUGGCUCCGACCUUCGAGAUCACCCGACAGAGACAGGCUCGGAAUGGCCCUCUCAACUAUCCUCAACUUCGGAUAAAUACGCAGACGCAUCCCGGUUUAGCGGAUCAUAUCAUCAAAAAUGAGCCCAUCAUGCCUGCGUCAGGCUUCUUGGAAAUGGCACUCGAAUUCGGGGCAUGGAGGCUGUGGGAUGUACAAUUCCACUCAAUGCUAUCGCUCUCUGGGGAACUUCCGACACCAAUCGACGUUAAAUUGGAGGGAUCCAAAUGGAGAGUUUGUAGCGCCGCUGGGGCUGAUUUCACAAAAAUGUGGCCUCCGACUUAUCACCGCGUUCACGCGACCGGUUAUCUCUCUAAGGAACGCGAAGAUGACGCAACGUCCUCUAUAGUACCUCUGGACGACAUACGUGCUCGACUGACAAAGCGGGAAACGAAGAGCUUCUAUGACAGCCUUGGUUCAUUUGCCAACUACGGCCCUUCGUACAAGAGAGUGCUAUCCUGGUAUCAUGGUGUUGACUCGUCAGGGCUAGAGGAGCUCUUGAUAGAAUUGCGUGGAGCAGGAGAUGACUUGGACAACCUUUCAGACUACCGACUACAUCCUGCAAUCUUGGAUGCUGCCCUUCAUGUUGCUGUGCACCCGUGGAUCACCGGCGCCGUCGCACACGGCUUGUAUUACCUCCCAUCGAAAGUCGGCGCGUUGAUUCUCCAUGACUCACUCGCGCAAGGGAUUCCUGAGAGGAUCUACGCCUAUGGUGUCUUCACUGUAUAUGCUCAUGACAUGCCAGAGUCCCUCACAUAUGACUUCCAGCUUACAAAUGAACACGGUGAGACGCUCUGCACUGUGCAGGCGCUUGAAGUGGCCGCCCAUGGGCGAGCGCCACCUCUUGUGCGCAACCGCCCGGUAUUGGUGUGCUCAGCGCGAAGACGUCAGAGAACACCGACAGCGUAUUCACUAGAGGAUGAGAUUUGCGAUCUUCGCGUCUUUCAGUACCAUCGAGGGAACGAGAUAACGAAGCUCCAGCAAGCCAUCUGCUCAUUGAACACAUCGGACAGAGAGUCACUGUGCUUCAUUACUCGCGAAGGCACGGACGGCGACGCGAUCCUUGGCUUCACGAGGUCUCUCCGAAAAGAGUACCCGUCGUGGCGUGUGUUCUGUAUCGUCUUCCCCUCAUCUUGGCCUCUUGGAGAGCAUGACGAGGCAGCACGGUCGCUCUGUGCACAUCCACUUGCCGAACAUGAAAUGCUCCUGAACGAGGAUGGCUCAGUUCGCGCUCCUAGGCUAAUAGCGUCCUCCGCGCCAAGGCGGACCACUGCCUUUGACUCUGAGGCGCCGUGGGUGUCAAAACCGGCGGUUCCACCUGGGCACGUUCUUAUCAAGGUUACAGGAGUAACAUCAACCAUCUCUUCGUGCUGGAUAUUCGUCGGACAUGUGGCUGGCUCCUCCGUCAACUAUCUUGGUAUCACAUUCAAGCCGCUGACCAAUCACAUCGUCGCCCAUCGCGGGAGCCUGCUCGAAUUGGGGACUGGCGAGGAUCUCCAGCGCGGUCCUCCUGCGCUUGCUGCAAUCAUCGCAACACUAGCCGUUGGACCUGCCAUCUGUAGCGACCCACAGCGAUUGCAGGACUCAUACAUUCUUGUGACGCAUUCAGAUGCAGUGAUUGGACAAGACAUACGUCAAUUCUACGAGGACCGUGGAUUGCAUGUUCUGCGUCUGCCGUCGCAGGCUAGCUCCUCAGAGACUAGGGCCGUGCUUGCUCAUCAGCCAAAAUUCGUUGUUUCCGGCAGACUGCGGAUGACUGGCAGCGACGUCGACAAGACUGUGACCGAGCUACAAUCAGGAAAGGUAUUUCAGUGGGACGACCCGAGCAGCGGGGUGGCGCGUGUCCUUGCCGAGGACCCAUGGGUUGUAGGCGACGCAUUGAAGGUAGCGCUCUCGGAUCGUGGCAGCUCUAACGAGGUGUUCGUCCCUCCUAUUCAAAUGGUCGGUGUGGCACCUCCGGUGGAAGUCCCAUUGCAGACCUCCAUCUUUGACUCCGAAAAGACGUAUAUCUUGGUGGGGGGAAUUGGAGGCCUUGGGAUGCACGUUGCACACUGGAUGUAUCAGAACGGGGCACGCGAAAUCGUCCUCACUUCCCGUUCGGGGACUGCCAAUCUCGUGCCGAAGGAUGAAUUCAUCGCUUUGCGUCUCUUGGCGUAUCUACGCUCUCGGGACGACUUAGUGCUCCGUACCGAAGCCGUCGAUGCGUCAUCAUUUGAGCAGACCAAGGGAUUGGUGGCCUCAAUCAAGAAACCGAUCGGCGGAUGCAUGAUCAUGACUGCCAUUCUCAUUGAUCGUACCUUCCCUCUUCAGACACAUGAGACCUUCGAGGGACCUUUCGUCGCCAAAGUCGGUGCGUUUCAAGCUUUGGAGAAAGCCAUCAACAUAGAUUCGUUGGACUUCAUGCUUCUUUUUUCGUCCGUCGCGGGAAUGACAGGCAAUGCUGGUCAAACGAACUACUCUAGUGCAAAUACUGCUUUGACAGGUUUCACAAGACGCUACCCGAAUGCCGCUACUAUCGUUCCACCGAUGAUGAGCGAUACUGGCGUGGUCCUCACGGUGGCUGCUACUGACAGCAUACGAUGGUCGCGCUACAGGCAUCUGAGCUCCUGGGCAAUGACGUGCCAAGAGCUCUGCGAGUGCAUCCAUGAGACGCUCCUGAAGCUGCGUGAAGGCCCUCUGUGGCAGUACAUCCCGGACUUUGACUGGAGCCUUGUCCAAAGCAAUCUUGGACAUUCCCCUCUCUACGACCACCUCGUGCCCAAGGCAACUCUUUCCGACACUUCUCAAGUGUCAUCAGAUGUCUUGGAACGCAACCUAAGCGACGUCAUUUGCGAAGUGCUCGACAUCGACAGCGAAGACCUUUCCCCGGAGGCGCCUCUCACUUCCUAUGGUCUGGACUCUUUGUCAGCCACGAGGUUGUCGCGCGUCUUGGAACCGUACCUGAUCAUCUCACAGCUUCAACUUCUCGCCGACAUCACACUAGCUGAUCUCCAGAGGUUCCGUGAAAAGGCAUCUGACGCUCAACCUGUCACCCGUUUGGACGCACGUACAAUAAGGGAGAAGGCGCACGAAACGACGUGCAUGCUCGAGAAGUACUCAUCCGACUUGCCUUCACGGAACGUAAUCACAAGAGUCGAUAUGGACAAGACUGUGCUGUUGACGGGAGCGACAGGGAGAAUUGGGUCGCACGUACUCGCCCAUCUCCUAUCGGACUCUUCGUAUGACAAAGUUAUCGUCAUCGUUCGCCGCCAGUCGUCGGGGAGGUCAGCGCCAGAUCGCUUGUUAGAUGCGUUCGCUGCCCAGGACCUGGACACGUCUGUUCUCAACUCGCAUGCGCUGACUAUAUGGGAAGGCGACGUAACGAAGACCAAGUUUGGCCUAUCUUUUGAAGCAUAUGACGAGGUAAGGACCAUCGUGUUACAGUCACGUAAACGCUACUCACUUCGGCCGCAUAUGCAGCUUCUCCGCUCCGUGACUCAUAUCGUCCAUCUUGGUACGGACGUGUUCACUGAGUGA